AUGCCAACCUUUGAAUCUAAACCUGUAGAUGCCGGUAACCUAGAAAAUCAGGAAAGAGUUGUUUUAUCAUCUAACCAAACAAGUAAUGAAGAAACCCAAAAAAGCGAUGAAUUAGAAUAUGAAUUAGAAUAUGAAUUAGAACAUGACCUACAAAGUACUGAAAAAAAGACGAGCAAUCAUACACUCGGCAAAAUAACUUCAACUCCAAUCGCUUUUCAAAAAAAUAAUACAACACCAACCAAUCAAAAUAAUGAAGGUACCUCUUACUUUAAUGGCUCACCUACACAUCAAGAAAAAACAAACCGAGCACUCUCCAAUUUAAGUAAUCUGGAAAAUAUUAAUUAUUUUUAUCAUGGCGAGCAACUCACUCCCACCGCUUAUGAUCAGAUACAAAAAGAGUCAGCAGUUACUGAGAUUAAUUCACACCAAGAUAUUACCAAUAAAAUCUUUCCUGUAUAUCAGGCGCCUUUUAUUGAUUAUCCACCUAAACCCAAGGUUGAAAAAGUGAUUCGUGAAAAUAAAGCUCCUAUAGGUGGUUUAUUAGUCCCAUCCAUGGGUAAUUCAUCAGGCAAUAAAAACAAUUUAGCCUUGAAUGAAUUUUUUACUGACGACUAUUGUAGACAAUCAACAAAAUCUGACUUGCAGGCUGGCGAGGAUAAGAGUGUUGAUAAUUCUGUUACAAAAGAGCUUUCAGAAUUAAAUAAUGGUUUAUCAAGAAGUCAAAGCCAAAACGAUUCAGGGAUUAAUUUAUCUUUCAGUGAACUCAUGUUCAAAAAUAAUGAUAGCUUAUUUGAUGAAAGUAAAGGUUUAAAAAGUGAUGCUCAAUUACUGAAUGGUGAAAUAGAAACUGAAGAUGAUAGAACUCAAGCUUUUAGUGACAUCCAAAUAACAGAAAAGAGAGAAAGAAAGACUUUUGAAAAUAAAUGUUCAGAAAAAGCGGAUAAAGUUAGUUUAAUUAAAGACAUUUCGAAUAUUUUGGGUGAUCUUUCUGCCAUUAUUUUUGGUUCUAAUUCUGUGAAAUCCAUAGAAAGUGAUGAAAAAAAGGUUAACUCUGGCUUAAAGAAUACUGAAUUUCAAAUCGAUAAUACUAUUGAUGCUACUGAUGCUGCAAAAAGUAAAACUUCUUUAUUUAUUUUUCCAAAAGAUAGUGACAGUGUUGAGAAAGAAAAUAUCUCGAAAGCCUCUACUAAGGACGAUUCUUUUAUUUCAAGUUUCAAGACCCUUGAAGAAAAUAUGAAGCCAAUUGAAAAUAUUAAUAGCAGUAAGAGGAAUUCUUUUAAAAAUAUAACUGAAAAUUCAGAUUUAAACGAUAAUAAUAAUUUUGAUAAAAAUUUAUUCGGUGUAAGCAAUCAAACUUUUCCAAGUCAAGACUUAGAAAAUAAUUCUAAUGUGUUUGAAAAAAAUAAGGCUUUAGAUAAUGAAGAAAAACUAAAGAAUAUAAAUGAUAAUAAUAUGGAAAACCAACUAAAAGCAGAAAAAUUGCAGGAUUUGCAAAUUUUGGGCGAUUUAAAAGAAUCACGCCAAAUGAAUCAAAAGGAAACCAAUAGUUAUCAUCAACCUUUAUUAGAAAUUGAUAACAAAGAAAAUCAAGUUUCAGGCACAAAAAAUAAAAGAGUUAGUUUGAAUAUUCCAAUAAAAAAACAUGAGGCCUUCCAACUAAAAACUAUGAGAGGUUUCAACAAAAACUCAAGCUCUCAUCUGAGAAACCCAAGCCAACUGUCUUUGAAUUCUGAUCAAGAUAAGUAUUUUGCAAAAAUGGCUGCAUCUAAGGCUCUUUCAAGCUCGGUAGUAAACUUUAAUGCCAAAAAUUCAUUUAGUCAAAACGCUACUAGCUCAAAAACUUCAAGAAGAGUCUCUUUUCAAAAUUUUAAUGUUCUGAAUAACGGAGAGAAAUUGCUUCCUGUUUUGUCUAGUGAACAAUCGAAAAAGGCAUUUACUAACACUAAAAAGAGAUUUAAUGAAGUCAAACCAUCUGUUCCAAUAGAUCAAAUUGAGAAUGAAACAAAAUUGAAAAAAUUGAAAACUGAAAAGAAUCACGAAAGCAACAGGAAGCUUAGUUUUGACCAAACAAAAAAUAGUUUAAGCUUAAAUAAUAAUAAUUUAGUUAAGACAGAUAAUCAUAGUGAUGUCCCAGAUAAAUUUUCUAGUGGUAGUGAAAGUAUUGGGUUUAAUGAGCUUGAAUCUUCAAUUAAAAGCGUUGAAUUUAAUGAGCCAGAAUCACCAAUUAAAAGCAACAUAGAAAAUGAUGAUUUAGGGAAUUAUUCAUAUAAGAAUUUUAGGGAUAGUGAUAUUCAUAAUGAUCUGGAGAAUCCAAGAGCUCAUAAAGAGACUGUGGAAAAUAUGUCAAAUAAUGAUAACUUUAAGGGAGUUUAUGAGACUGAAGUUAUUAAUUGA